CGGACACGUUUGACGAACACACAGGAGCGCCCUGUGUCUGCUUGAGAUGGCGGCUAGAACGGAGAACGCGAGGGCCGAAUAAACACCCAACCUACGCGUCCACGACUUCCCGACUCGCGCAAACCGUGUUAUUUACCCUGCAUCUUCACCAAAACGAAGCAAAUGACUACCAUGGAAGGCGGGAAACCGUCCCUGCCGCUGGUUUACCAGGCCGUACAGGCGCUGUAUCACGACCCGGACCCUGCCGGCAAGGAGCGCGCCUCGGUCUGGCUGGGAGAGCUGCAGAGAUCGAUGUACGCAUGGGAGAUCUCAGACCAACUCCUGCAGCUCAAGCAGGACGUGGAGUCGUGUUAUUUCGCAGCCCAGACCAUGAAGAUGAAGAUCCAGACGUCGUUCUACGAGCUUCCCCCAGAAACCCACAAUGCACUGAGAGACUCGCUCCUGUCUCACAUACAGAACCUCAAAGACUUGUCUCCCAUCAUCAUUACACAGCUUGCUUUGGCAAUCGCAGAUCUGGCUCUUCAGAUGGCCUCGUGGAAAGGCUGUGUUCACACUCUCAUAGAAAAAUACGGUAACGAUGUGUCCUCCAUGCCUUUCCUCAUCGAGAUUCUCACCGUCCUGCCAGAGGAGGUUCACAGCCGAUCUCUAAGGAUCGGGGCCAACCGACGGACAGAGAUCAUUGAGGAUCUGGCUUAUUACUCUACCACUGUGGUCGCUCUUCUGGUGACGUGCACCGAGAAGUCCGGGAACAAUGAGAAGAUGCUUAUCAAGGUGUUCCGAUGUUUGGGAAGCUGGUUUAAUUUAGGAGUGUUGGACAACAAUUUCAUGGCCAGCAAUCAGCUGCUGAUGAUAUUGUUUCAAGUGCUGCAGAGAGAUGAGACAUCCACGAACCUCCACGAGGCGGUGUCCGACUGCGUGUGUUCCGCGCUGUACGCGAUUGAGAACGUGACCACCAACAUGCCUCUCGCCUUGCAGCUCUUCCAGGGGGUCCUCACUCUAGAAACGGCAUACCACAUGGCUGUAGCCCGAGAAGACCUUGACAAGGUGCUAAAUUACUGCCGGAUUUUUACCGAACUGUGCGAGACGUUUUUGGAGAUGACGGUAAGGACUCCUGGGCAGGGCAUGGGAGAUCUUCGCACCUUGGAGCUGCUGCUCAUUUGCGCAGGACAUCCCCAGUAUGAGGUGGUUGAGAUCUCAUUCAACUUUUGGUAUCGUCUGGGUGAGCACCUUUAUAAAACGAACGACCCGGGGCUUCACAGAGUGUUCAGGCCGUACAUACAGAGACUGCUGCACAGCCUCGCUCGCCACUGCCAGCUCGACCCAGAUCAUGAAGGAGUCCCAGAGGACACGGAUGAUUUCGGGGAGUUCAGGAUGAGGGUGUCAGAUCUUGUUAAAGAUGUCAUUUUCCUUGUAGGCUCUAUGGAGUGUUUUUCACAGCUAUAUUCAACUCUAAGGGAGGGAAACCCACCGUGGGAAGUAACUGAGGCUGUUCUGUUUAUAAUGGCGUCUAUUGCUAAAAGUGUAGAUCCUGAGAAUAACCCCACUCUGGCAGAAGUGCUGGAGCAGAUUGUGAUGCUUCCUGAGAGUGUCCACAUUGCUGUGCGCUACACCAGCAUCGAGCUGGUCGGAGAGAUGAGCGAAGUGAUCGACCGGAACCCUUGCAUGCUGGAUCCUGUUUUGAACUACCUGAUGAAGGGGUUGAGGGAAAAGCCGUUGGCAUCUGUGGCAGCUAAAGCCAUUCACAACAUCUGCUCGGUGUGUCGAGACCACAUGGCGCAACACUUCCAGGGCCUGCUCGAUAUCGCCCGCUCCCUCGACUCGUUUGCCCUGUCUACAGAUGCCGCCGUUGGCCUUCUGAAAGGCACAGCACUGGUGUUGGCCCGUCUCCCCCUGGAGAGGAUCGCAGAAUGUCUUAACGAUCUGUGCGCCGUUCAGGUUAUGGCACUGAAAAAGCUCCUUGCUCAGGACUCAAGCAGUGGAAAGUUAUCAGACCCCACUGUGUGGCUGGACAGACUGGCGGUUAUUUUCAGACACACAAACCCCAUAGUAGAAAACGGACAGACGCACCCUUGCCAGAAGGUCAUCCAGGAGAUUUGGCCAGUGAUGUCGGAAACGUUGAACGCACACCGGAGCGAUAAUCGGAUUGUGGAGCGCUGCUGUCGUUGCCUGAGGUUUGCAGUGCGUUGCGUUGGAAAAGGCUCCGCCUCCCUCUUACAGCCUCUUGUGACUCAGAUGGUCAGCGUGUAUCAGGUGUACCCUCACUCCUGUUUUCUGUACUUGGGCAGCAUUUUAGUGGAUGAGUAUGGCAUGGAGGAAGGAUGUAGGCAAGGCCUUUUGGAUAUGCUACAGGCUCUCUGCAUGCCCACCUUCCAGCUGUUAGAGCAGCCUAAUGGACUACGCAAUCACCCCGACACAGUGGACGACCUGUUUAGACUCGCCACCAGGUUCGUCCAGCGCAGUCCGGUCACGUUGCUAGGCAGCAGUAUUAUCAUCCACAUCAUCCAGUGUGCCAUCGCCGCCACCACACUGGACCAUCGAGAUGCCAACUGCAGCGUCAUGAAGUUCAUCCGAGACCUUAUACACACAGGGGUCACGAAUGAUCACGAGGAUGACUUUGAGUUGCGGAAGCGUCUGAUUGGUCAGGCCAUGGAGCAGCACGGGCAGCAGCUGGUCACUCAGCUCAUCAACACCUGCUGUUUCUGUCUGCCGCCUUACACCCUGCCCGACGUGGCUGAAGUCCUCUGGGAGAUCAUGGUCUUUGAUCGGCCGACGUUUUGCCGCUGGCUGGAGGCUGCACUGAAGGGUCUCCCUAAAGAAACAGCUGGGGGCGCUAUAUCAGUCACACAUAAGCAGCUCACUGACUUCCAUAAGCAGGUCACAAGUGCGGAGGAAUGUAAACAGGUUUGCUGGGCGAUAAGAGAGUUCACACGACUGUACCGAUAGCUGUCUUAUGUCUACUGAUGCUGCAAGGCCAGGUCGGAUUUUUUGUUUUACGAGCAUUCGGAAGAAGAGGCAAAGGGGGAGCCAUGUUGACCACUGUUGAGAAACUAAAGGGAACUCUUGCAUGAAGGAUUUGGGGGCCUUGGCACCGUGGAAAGCCAACCAAUCGGAUCGGAGCUCUGGAGCGGCAGGGUUUCAGGAAAUUGCCUAGCGGGUGUCAAAAGACAGAAGCCCCAUCCCUCCCUUUCCCCUCGCGAAGACACUGAUGCCAGCCUAAAGCAAGAGAGAGGGUGGGUUACGGAAGGGACGAUGUUCUGGGGGGGACCAAGUUUGGGACAUUAAAGCGUUUACACCCAUUUCAAAACGUGAAUGAAGUCUGCAUCAGUCAGAUUUUGGUGGGAUCCAUCGGAAGAGACAAAGUAAGGAUGUGCCUGGUUGCAAAUCAUAAUGCAUCGUUAAAAAAAGAGACUUGUAUGUUUUUAAAAACAAAUGGAGAUUUAUUUUCAUGGACGUGUGUUUAGAGAUGGCUUUGCUGUCAGUGCCAUACAAAUGAUUACCAAAUGAUUGUCACAAGCAGCAAGAGCCUGCGGGACAUUUCAAAGGGAGAAUCCCGGUCGAGUUGGCGUCACCUUUGACCUUUUUAAAGUUGGCUGGAGUUUUAUUCGUACAGGUUAUGCUGUAAAAUACGGAGUGGACUGGCAGGUGCUUUUUUUUUGUUCUUUCACCAUCGUGGCACAUGGCAUCGUAGAGACGCUGAAAUCCUCUUCAGAGCGUGUGCGGCCAUUGUGCAAACAAAUAAAUCAAACAUUGUGAGGAACG